UUCUCAUCAGUGCUGCGAUAUACAGUACAGUAUAGCCUAUAUAAGAGCGCUCAAGUGCAAUUUCUCUGUUUUCCAGCAAGUAAAGACUCUUGUAUCAACGUAGCUAUAUAAACGAGCCCCUCGAGUUUUCACACGAAUAACGCGAUUAACGUUAACUGACGUUAAUUACAAUCGCCAACAAAACAGAUUUUUUUUCCUUUAUAUAACCACAUAGCCUACACUAUACUUCGCAUAUAAUUUCUUGGAACCCAACUCAACAAUAACGAGUUCCAAGACGGCUGUUGAUUCGCUCCACAUUGUGUGGAGGCUUUCCUCCUGUACAUAGCGCAUAGGAAGCACUCCAUUCGAUUUGGCCAGUUUGAAACUCUCGUUCGUCCAAGUCACUUCGGCUGAGCACGGGCCACAAUCUCUUAUAUAAACGGUCGGAUUAUUAGGGCAACUCGCUAUAACCGCAUCUGCCUUCUGUAUUUGUUGACAUUUUUUAAAUCUCUGCUGUCGUGGGAAAAACGAGUUAAUUAUUCCCAAAAAAUGUCUAGCCCGUUCGUUUCGUGCGUUCUGACCCUAAUGGUGUUGUUGUUCUUUUCGGCCGCCGCCGAUGGCUACAACAUUCUCGUCCUGACGCCCAUCACCUCGCCCAGCCACACGAACGUCUUCAAGCCGCUGGUGACGGCGCUGGCCGAGCGCGGACACUUUGUUACCCACUGGGACGGCCUCAAACCGCCCAGCCACAUCAGUAGCAGCAACCGGACCAGCAAUAGUAAUGUGCGGGUGCUCUACUCGCCCGUCAUGGCCGAAAUCAAUCGUGAGCACAACGUCAAUUUCAGCGAUCGUGACCAUCCCCUGCGGCUGCUCUUCCGAGUGCCCAAAACGGUGGCCAACUACUGCCGGGCCAUCCACGAGGAUCCGGUUUUCCGCCAGCUGAUGAGCACCGGUCUGGACGAGAAAUUCCAUCUCAUCCUGGUCGACGGUUUCUUCAACGAGUGCACCUUGCUGCUGGCCGAACUCUUCGACGUUCCGUUCGUCUACCUCAACUGUUUCGUGCCUCCGCCGUGGCUGCAGAACACGAUGGGCACACCGUUCGCUUUCGAUCAUUUCCCGCACUCGGGGCUCAGCCUGUCCGACCGGAUGAAUUUCUGGCAGAGGUCGUUGAACGCCGUGACCGGCUUGGCCCUUGUGGCCUUCUACCACCUGUACGUCGUGCCCGUCAUCGACUCAGCGGCCGUCAAGGUCCUGGGCUACGACAAUUUCACCUCCAUCGUCGACAUCGAGGACCGCCGCUUGAGCCUCCUGCUGACCAACACUCAUUUCAGCAUUAAUUAUCUGAUGCCGACGUCGCCGGCCGUCGUCCAAGUCGGCGGAAUGCACUGCGUCCCGCCAAAACCUUUGCCCACGGAUUUGGAGUUGUUUGUCGAUGGGUCGGGCGACGCUGGAUUCAUCGUCCUGAGUUUCGGAUCGAUUUUGAAAGGCGUCGAAAUUCCGGGCGGAGUUCGCAACAUUUUCCUGUCGACAUUCGCCCGGCUGCCGCAGCGAGUCAUCUGGAAGUGGGAAGACAAGGGCGUCCUGCCCGACGGGCUGAUCCCGUCCAAUGUCAAACUCGUUUCCUGGCUGCCGCAGCAGGACCUUCUGGGCCACCCCAAAGCCCGCCUCUUCAUCACCCACUGCGGAUUGCUCAGCAAGCAGGAGGCCGUCUACCACGGGGUUCCAUUCAUCGCUCUGCCGGUCUGGUCUGAUCAGCCCAUCAACGCCCAAAAGGCCCAGGAGGACGGUUACGCCAUCAAACUCGACUGGAACCAAUUGACGGAGGAGGUCCUCUACGACGCCAUCCAGCUGGUCCUCAACGAGCCAAGGUACAAGCGGCGGAUGAAGGAAGUGUCGGCUCUGAUGAGAGACCAGAUGGAGAGUCCGCUGGAACGGGCCAUCUACUGGAUCGAAUACGUCAUCCGCCACCAGGGGGCUCCGCAUUUGCGCAGCGCUUCGCGCCAACUUUCAAUCUACCAAAAGUGCCUCCUCGACGUGAUGGGCUUUCUCUCGGCCGUUUGCCUUUUGGCCAUUUAUAUCCUCUUCCGCUUGUGUCGUCGCUCCGUCUGCUCCGGCCAACGUCGACAAAAAUCGGCUGGUCCGCUCAAGAAAUUGAAUUGAGCGACUUGAAAAUUGAAAUUGAAAAAAAAAAUUGAAAUUUUAAAAUUGAAUUAAGAAAAACUGAUGACGCCAGUCGUUUGGUUUUGAUUCAAAUCACAUCAGUGCUGCUAUAAAUGCCAAUGUCUUUUAAUUGUUUCAGUUGGUUCACUCGUAAAAAAAUUUAGUUGUGUGGAUUUUGAUUUAAAAAACAAACAGAAAAAGCAUAAUUUCAAUUAAAGACAAUUGGGGAUGUUGAUAUUUUUACUUUGAAUUUGUCGGGAAGAAAAAAAAAAUUAGUCAAUUUUCAGUUUUGUUUGUUUUUAGUUUUAUUAACUAUUUUGGAAGCAACACUCAACGCUGCAAGGCAAGUGUUGGUCCUAAUAUUUUAUACAGGGAUCAAAUGAUGUUAGUCUUUAAUAUGUUGUGUAUACAAUUUAGACCUAUGUGAUGUAUGGGUAUUAGCGCGGACGAAAAUAAAGAAAUAAAAGUACACGA